AGCCCAAUUGAUGUUCCGAAGGGAUCAAUGGGAUGCCAAUAGAUGUCUGUGAGCGCAAAGAGGAAGGGAGGCAGACGGAGUGGAAGGAGGGGAACAGGAUGCGCAAGACGGCCAUUAUAUAGGUUCCAUCGCAAUCAUGGGUAUGGAUGGAAGGAUGGAUGUAUGCAGACACACACAUGUGCGCGCGCGCACCUACAUCGCUUCCUUCGUGUCCAUCUCAUCCCCGGCAGAAGAUGUGCUGAAGGACAGGCGGGAGACAUGGAAGCUGGAGAUACUGUCCUGGAGCUUAGUGUGGAUGCCGAAGCGACAGACAGACACACACACCAACACACACACACACACACACACCCGAACACACCAACCUGGAUCGGGGAGAGGAAAGGAAUUAUUAGGCGGUAGAAAGGCGCAUGCGCCGCAAUGGGAAAGCUUUCUCUCACACAUCCAUCCUCAUCCUCCAUCCCCACAAACCGCCUAUUCUGCCCUCCUCCAGGGCUGGCGGUGGGUUGGCAGGGAUGAGGCCGCCGCCGACGACGCCGCCGACGCCAUCCCUCCUCCUCCUCCUCGACCACCGCCAACAUCAAUGCCAUCACUGUAUGCUUGAUAAUUUCAGUGAUUGCGUGGAAUAAUGAGAAGAAGAGGUGUGGUGAGUAGGACAGGCGUGUGUUGGUGGAGGGUGAGUGAGUGAGUGAGUGAGAGAGAGAGUGUCUAGCUCAGGCAGGUAUCUACAGUACUAGCUACUGGAGGGGGAUGAAGAGAGA